AUGACAACCACCGCCGGAACACCCGCGCCGGGCCCUGUACCAUUAUCAAUUGCUCCCGCAGCUGCCACUCAUCACCGGUCACUCUCGGUCAAACCCCUAGCUGCCGCCCCAUCGCCAGCACCGGCUGCUCAAUGUUCGAUUACCUCCAAGGAAUGGGUCGUUCCUCCACGACCAAAACCAGGCCGGAAACCUGCCACGGAUACACCACCUACUAAACGAAAAGCACAAAACCGUGCAGCACAACGAGCCUUUCGAGAGCGAAGAGCUGCGAGGGUAGGGGAGCUAGAGGAGCAGAUCAAGAAGAUCGAGGAGGAGAAUGAGCGUGAAGAAGCUGCUCUCAGAGAGGCUGUUCAGAAUCAAUUGCAACAGAUAGAGGAGUACAAGAGCCAAAUACUAUGGUGGAAAAACCGAUGCAAGGCCCUAGAGGAUGAGCUCAUGACCGAAAAGGUUGCAAAGGAAGAUGCCAUCAAAAAGCUCGAGAGAACCGACAGCUCGGAUAGGACGAAUGGCCAAUCCGUCAUCGGUGGGUGCGAAAGGUGCUCCUUCACUCGGUGCCAGUGUAUUGACGAUGCGUUCAAUAUUUCCAAUAUCACCCAGAUUCAGGCAGAUGAUUCACAUUCUAAACGAGGCAGAUCACCUUCUCAAGGGGCCACACAGAAGCGUCACCGAUCUAACCCCGAAAUCAAAACAGAACCCGAAGAACUAGAGACCGAUUUUACCACUUCUUUCACCCUCCGCAGACAUCCAAGAGGUGGCAGUGAUGCUGCCACGCCCAUACUAAUAGACCCAUGUGGCUUUUGCCAGGAUGGUUCACCCUGCAUCUGUGCCGAAAUGGCAGAGGAAUCACCCGCAGACAGAAACAGCCAGUCCUCCCAAUCAAAUAAACUACCAUCCAUCCAUAAUAUAUCACAGUUCACUCCCCCUCCCUCCGAAGGAGAUGUUCUUUCCCGGUCGGCUACACUAGCUUCGAGAAAUGAGAGCAAUCCUUGUGCAAAUGGCCCUGGUACAUGUGCCCAAUGUCUUGCAGACCCACGCAGUUCAGUGUUUUGUAAGAGCCUUGCCGCGUCCCGUGCAUCUAGUGGCCAGGAAGGCGGUUGCUGUGGAGGCGGUGGAGGACAAGGUGGAUGCUGUAAAACUCGGCCUUCCGGCUCGGGCUCGUCCAGACAACCUGCCUCGACUCCUAUUACACUAAGCUGUGCCGAUACAUUCACUACGCUCUCGCGACAUCCAAAGUUCUCUUCUGCAACAGAUGAGCUGAGCCAGUGGCUUCCCCAGCUCCAUACGCUUCCAAACCCGCAGGACCUUACUCCAGACAGACGACGGGACCAAAAUCUUACUAACCGGCCGGCUUUGGAAGUCGAGGCUGCCAGCGUCAUGGGAGUCUUGCGAUAUUUCGAUCGAAGAUUUGCUGAUUCCAAAUGA